AUGAAGGUUCUACGAUUCAAUCAGGACUCUACCUGUUGUGUGGUGAGUGCUGCUCCUCACCUGGUGAGCAUAUACAACUGCGACCCCUUUGGGAAAUGCUUUGAGUUGGAUAAUAGAAGUACUAGUAAUGGUCGAGAAGGUUCACCUCAAUACACAGUGGCGGAUGGAGGCACAUCUGAAGAAUCUGACCGCGAAUUUGUGAUAGAAAUGCUCUUUUCAACCAGCCUUGUGGCGAUUGCGGAUAGAAGCCAAGGGUCUUCUAAUGGUAAGAAAUUGAAGAUAGUGAACACGAAGAGGAAAUCUACAAUUUGUGAAAUUUCAUUUCCCCAUGAGAUUGUGGACGUUGUUAUGAAUAGGAAGAGAAUGUGCAUAUUGCUGGAGAGCGAUCAGAUAUUUGUUUAUGACAUUUCAUGCAUGAAGCCAUUAGAGACCAUUGACCUUUGGGAAGAUCAUUUCAAGAGAACUGCCAAUACAAAUGCUAAGUCAAAGGGAAAGAAGCAGAAUGAUUUGGCAAGGGAGAGAAGAAACUCAGUGGGUGCCAGAAUAAGGCCUCGAAUGGCUCUCAGUGGUGAUGAUAGAAGCAUUUUGUGCUAUACAUCUUACAGUGCAAACAAAAAUAAUCCCGAUUCAUACCUAUUACAUGAUGCAGUAGUAUUCGAUGCAUUGAAUGUGACACCUAUCAACUACUUGAACUCUAUGCAUAAAGGAAACAUUUCUUCAUUGGCGGUGAGUCAUGAUGGUAAAUCAAUAGCGACUGCUUCCGACAAAGGUACAAUCAUCAGAGUCUUUAAUACCGGGGUAGAUUCCGAAUAUGAUUCAACAAAGCCCUUGCUACAUGAGUUCAGGCGAGGCACAAGGCCCUGUAACCUAUAUCAACUAGUGUUCAACAGAAGUGCAACCUUACUGGGUUGUGUAGGAGGCACUGAUACAAUCCACAUUUUCAACCUGAACAACUCUGACAGGAAUGGCAUAAGUGGAGAAGCUGGCGAUGACGAACUGCUAUUAGCUAAUAAUCAAUCAGACACUUUACGAGAUACCAAGGGCUCUAGCGAGUCGCCCAAACAACUCGCAAAUUAUAUUUCAAGACGUAUAAAGGCAACGAUACCCAACCAAAAUCUUCGCCGUGACUUCGCACAUAUCAAUGUGGAACUCGGGACUGAAAACUGUCUAGGUUUCCCCGAUGAAUUCCCUCAUCAGGCCUAUUUGGCCUCAAGUGACGGACAAUUCAAAGUUUACUCGCUACCAUCUACUUCAGGUGAAUGUGUCUUGACCAAGAACAGCACUUUCAAUUGA